AUGAGAAAAAGAGGGUUUGGUGUUGUUCAUUUUCUUCUUGCUGUUCUGAUAAUGAGCAUUCUCAGCAUAGUGCAUGGACAAUACACAGAUACACCACCAACUGCCACUGAUAAUGAGAAGAAUGGCUCACAUGUAUCGGCAUUGUAUGUUUUAGGUGAUUCCUCGGUUGAUUGUGGAGACAACACUUUGUUCUACCCUCUGCUUCACGGUCGUCUCUCUUUGUAUCCAUGUAAUGGCUCUGAUGCUACCCUUCUUCCUCAACUUCUUGCUAAGAAGAUUGGAUUGACAUCAAUCCGGCCAUUUUAUGGUCAAAAUGGAUCUCUGGAAGAGGUUCUUGGUGGUCUCAACUUUGGUUCAACACAGGCUACAAUCAUGAACCAGGGAAGCUACAGCCACCAAUCUCUCACCCAACAACUACGCCAAGUUUCUGAGACUAUGCAGCUGUUGCAACUGCAGCUGAGCGAGGACACUGCUCUCCAAUUUACAAAAUCUUCCAUAUUUUUCCUUUCCUUUGGCAAAGAGGAUUACAUUGAUCUACUCCUACAUAACUCUUCAAGCCAAAUGUUCCAGCACAAUCCCCAAAAUUUUGCUACCAUUUUGGUCAACCAAAUGGCAAAUGCUGCCAGGUAUCUUUAUGAUGCAAAUGCGAGGAAGAUCAUAUGUUUGGGAAUCCUUCCUUUGGGAUGCACACCUCGCAUAGCCUUGGAGUCGAAUCACACAUCAGGUGGAGAUUAUAACGGUAACAGUUGCGUGGAACAUGUCAAUGAGUUGGUCUUUGAAUACAACAAAUUGCUGGAUGAACAAAUAGCCAAACUUAAUGCCGAAUUUCCUGAUGCUCAGAUGGUGUUCUGUGAUGUAUACAGUGGAAUGAUGGAGAUUAUCAAUAAACCAUGGCUUUAUGGUUUUGAAGACGCAAAGAGGGCAUGUUGCGGACUUGGUCUGAAUGGUGCAAUGAUAGGGUGUGUUUCCAUGGACAUGGCCUGUGAUCAAGCUUCAACCCAUAUUUGGUGGGAUUUAUACAACCCUUCACAAGCAGUCAACUCCAUCCUUGCUGAUGCAGCCUGGUCUGGCCAACCAAUCCCUAAUCUUUGCCGUCCUAUCACCAUCCAUGAAUUAGUGAACAUGGAAAUCUAG